GAAACUUCUAAUGAACGCGUAAGAAUGCAAAGACGAUAUAAAUCGUAGCUUAUCAUCUAAUCGCCUCCCUGAAAUUGCUCAUUUAUCGGUCGAGGAAGAAGAAUAAUCAAGAACAUUAAAUCAAUGGCAUACGUCGAAGGAGGUGUUGUUAAAGCAAAGCGAUCAAUAUGGAGACUAAGGACGAUCAAAGAUUUCUUCUUGUCAAUCAUCAAUCUGAUACAAGUCUUCUUUAUAACCAUGUUCUCGAUGGAGAAAUCAGAUGCCUACAGGAAAGGCUCUGGGGCUAACAAGAAGUGGGAUGGGGGCCGACCUGGUGGUGGUGGUGGUGGUGGAGGAGGAGGUGGAGGUGGUGGUGGCGGAGGUGGACGCCCUGGACCUCCUCGUGGGGGCCUCGACAAUGUGCGUGGCUUGAAUGAUAUCCGUGGAGCUGACCACAAUUCGCUACCGGCAUGUGGCUCGUGCUGUGGGUGAGACUUUCUUUGUACAGAGCGCCCAAGAAUAAAUGAAGGGAUAUAUAGUGUUGUAAUGGGGCUCUGGAAUUUGAGAAAGCAACGAACCAAUUAUAUUCGAGCUUUUUGUAUUUAGUCACUGGGAACAUUUAAAGUUGGAAAUUUGCCUUACCUAGUUUGUAAUUUUUAUGCAACAUAAUUACAUAUUUGGGAUGAAACCACUGAAAAAUGUAUGUAUCAAGUCGUUUUAAAUAUAUAUUUUAUAUUAAAAAGAU